ACUGACAGAAGCACUCGUUCACGGGAGUUUACGGUAGUUUCGCGGUUAGCUGUAGAAGGCAUGGAGGCGAUACUGAACUGCACAAAAGAAGAUUUGGAAGAUUAUUACGGGCUUCUCGGCUGCGAUGAACUCUCAACGACUGAACAGAUUUUGAGUGAGUUUAAAGUGAGAGCUCUGGCCUGCCAUCCUGACAAACACCCCGAGAACCCCACAGCAGUGGAGGAGUUCCAGAAGUUACAGGAGGCUAAAGAGGUUCUCACGGAUGAGAAGAAAAUAAAGAAUUAUGAUCUCUGGCUCAGAAGUCGAAUUGCAAUCCCGUUCAGCGAGUGGCGAGCGCUCAGUGACUCUGUUAAAACAUCAAUGCAUUGGGCCGUGAGGAGCAAGAAAGAGGCGAUGCUUGAGGAUGCAAAAGAUCCAGAUCCAGUGAGCGUGCACAAAGUGAAUCUGUCGGAGGAGAAACCCUCUGAAUCCUCUAAGAGAUGAUUAUUGGCAUCACAGGUUUCGCUGGGCUGGAGAAGCUCCCUCAGGCCUUUUACAGAAGUUCAGGAACUAUGAAAUAUAAAUGCAUAUUUUAUCUCAUUCUAUGUGUGCAAGUGCAUGCACUCCAUAUAUAGAGGAAAGAAUCAAAAUGUCAUUAUUAUGCAUAAUGUUGUUUUGUAGAAAGGUGAGAUAUAUUGACAUAGCAGUGAUGCUUUCUUUGCCUUAAAUGUCCAUAUCUUCUUGAAGUAUGAGUAAAACAUUUUCAAGCCUGCAUAUCUGCGCAAUAAAUGAUUAUGGAGUUUAUUUUAAUGAAUAUAAUACGUGAUAAUGUAUUUAUUUUCAUGCAUAUGGGCACAACUUAAAUAAUAACAUUAAUUAAAUUAAUAAAAAAUAGCAUUUAGUUAAUAUACAUAAAAGUCAGGAGUGUUUUAAAAAUAGCACUUUUGUAGUCAUGAGCUCCAUGUGCAAUCAGCAUUUUGAGGUGAAUAUGUGUGUUUGUGUAAAAGUGUGUGUGUGUGUGUGUGUGUGUGUGGAUUUACAGUACAUAACAAGUGUUACAGCUGUGUCUGUGUGUUGUGCUUAAUUGUAAGCCCCUGUUGCAUAAAUAAAACAACUUUACUGUGGAAUAGAA